GUCGCCGAGCGGUGACUAGACAUUCGGUCAUAAGCGCGGCGAGAAGAAGAAGAAGGUGCUAGAAGGAGGAGGAGAGUCCAUCCAUGGCCUCGACCGUCGAACACGUCGUCGCUUGAACGCCAAACGCGAUCCUGCAGACAUGUCCACCCCAGACCCCCCCAUGGGAGGCAACCCUCGCCCCGGUCCGUCCCCAGGCCCAGGUCCCUCUCCCGGGGCCAUGCUGGGUCCCAGCCCGGGUCCUUCGCCCGCGGGCUCCUCCCACAGCAUGAUGGGACCCAGCCCCGGACCCCCGUCCUCCGGACUCCCUCAGCCGGGCCCGUCCGGGUACGGCCAGGACAACAUGCACGCCAUGCACAAGCCAAUGGAGGCCAUGCAUGACAAGAGUUUGAGCGAGGAGGCUCGCUUCAGUCAGAUGAAAGGAAUGUCCGUGAGAGCGGGCGGGCACAGUGGUAUGGCCCCCCCACCCAGUCCUCUGGACCAGCACUCACAAGGUUAUCACUCCCCAUUAGGCGGCUCAGACCAUUCCAGUCCGGUCCCGUCAAACGGUCCCCCAUCCGGACCUCUACUUCCGUCCUCUUCCUCAUCUUCCUCUUCCAUCGGCCCCGGCUCUGGAUCCACACCAUUGGAAGGUCCCAGUGGAGACCAGCACACCCUGGGCCCCAACAACCGCCCCGGAACACUCGGAAGUGCAGGGCCCGGUCCCAGUCCCGGACCGAGUCUGAGCUCCACUGUCCCCAACCUCGUGGCAGGCCUUGAAUCGUCUAGUGGCCUCUCCGGACCCGGAGGUCCCGGCGGCCCCGGGGGUCCCACUCCUUUCAACCAAAGCCAGCUGCACCAACUGAGAGCUCAGAUCAUGGCCUACAAGAUGCUGGCCCGGGGUCAGCCCCUGCCGGACCACCUCCAGAUGGCCGUGCAAGGGAAGAGGCCCAUGCCCGGGAUGCAGCAGCCCAUGCAGAGCUUGGCCCCGGGAGGCGGACCACCAGGACCGAUGGGUUCCGGCUACGUUCGAGCGCAUGGAAUGAUGGGCCCAAAUAUGCCCCCACCGGGUCCGUCCGGGAACCUAGCUGGGAUGCAAGGACAAAACCACAACGGACCAAAGUCUUGGCCUGAAGGUCCCAUGGUGAACGCGGCAGCUCCGUCCAACGCCCCCCAAAAACUGAUCCCUCCUCAACCUACGGGCCGACCCUCCCCCGCUCCACCCUCCGUCCCCCCCGCCGCCUCUCCCGUCAUGCCUCCGCAGACCCAGUCCCCCGGCCAGCCGGCGCAGCCCCCGACCAUGAUGCCUUACCACGGCAAGCAGAGCCGCAUCACCCCCAUUCAGAAACCCUGCGGUCUGGACCCGGUGGAAAUCCUGCAGGAGAGGGAGUACAGGUUACAGGCGCGCAUCACUCAUCGCAUCGUGGAGCUGGAGAACCUGCCGGGCUCCCUGGCAGGAGACUUACGCACCAAAGCCACCAUCGAACUCAAAGCUCUGCGGCUCCUCAACUUCCAGAGACAACUGCGACAGGAAGUGGUGGUCUGCAUGCGUCGCGACACGGCCCUGGAAACGGCCCUGGACGCCAAGGCCUACAAACGCAGCAAACGACAGAGCCUGCGAGAGGCGCGCAUCACAGAGAAACUGGAGAAGCAGCAGAAGAUCGAGCAGGAGCGCAAACGCAGACAGAAACAUCAGGAGUACCUGAACAGCAUCCUGCAGCAUGCCAAAGACUUCAAGGAGUACCAUCGCUCCAUCACGGGCAAACUCCAGAAACUGACCAAAGCCGUGGCCACCUACCACGCCAACACGGAGCGGGAGCAGAAGAAGGAGAACGAGCGCAUCGAGAAGGAGCGCAUGAGGAGACUAAUGGCCGAGGACGAGGAGGGCUACCGCAAACUGAUCGACCAGAAGAAGGACAAGCGCCUGGCCUACCUGCUGCAGCAGACUGACGAGUACGUGGCCAACCUCACCGAGCUGGUCAGAGCGCACAAGGCGGCACAGGCCCUCAAGGAGAAGAAGAAGAAGAAAAAGAAGAAGAAGAAGGUGGAGAGUCCCGAAGGACAAGCCCCAGUUUUAGGUCCUGAUGGGGAGCCUCUGGACGAGACCAGUCAGAUGAGUGACUUACCUGUGAAGGUGAUCCACGUGGACAGUGGCAACAUCUUGACCGGGGUGGACGCUCCAAAGGCGGGACAGCUGGAGACCUGGCUGGAGAUGAACCCUGGUUACGAGGUGGCUCCGCGCUCUGACAGUGAAGACAGUGAGGAUGAAGAGGAGGAGGAGCAGGAGGAGGAGGAGGAACAUCAGCCUUCGGCAGCACCAGCAGAUGACAAGAAGAAGAUUUCCGACCCCGACUGCGAGGACGUGUCCGAAGUGGACGUGCGACACAUCAUCGAGCACGCCAAACAGGACGUGGAUGACGAGUACAGCGGCGCCGCGUUUGCCCGAGGACUUCAGUCGUACUACGCGGUGGCACACGCCGUGACGGAGAAGGUGGAAAGACAGUCCACUUUCUUGAUAAACGGACAACUCAAACAGUACCAGGUCAAAGGUCUGGAGUGGUUGGUGUCGCUCUACAACAACAACCUCAACGGCAUCCUGGCAGAUGAAAUGGGUCUGGGCAAAACCAUCCAGACCAUCGCGCUCAUCACGCACCUCAUGGAGCACAAGCGCCUCAACGGACCCUACCUCAUCAUCGUGCCCCUCUCGACUCUCUCCAACUGGGUCUACGAGUUUGACAAGUGGGCGCCCACGGUGGUCAAAGUGUCCUACAAGGGUUCUCCUGCAGCCAGAAGAGCAUUUGUCCCUCAGCUGCGUAGCGGCAAGUUCAACGUCCUCCUCACCACGUACGAGUACAUCAUCAAAGACAAACAAGUCCUGGCGAAGAUCCGCUGGAAGUACAUGAUCGUGGACGAGGGUCACCGCAUGAAGAACCACCACUGCAAGCUGACCCAAGUCCUGAACACGCACUACCUGGCGCCCAGGAGGGUCCUGCUGACUGGCACCCCCCUGCAGAACAAGCUGCCCGAGCUGUGGGCGCUGCUCAACUUCCUCCUGCCCACCAUCUUUAAGAGCUGCAGCACCUUCGAGCAGUGGUUCAACGCCCCUUUUGCCAUGACGGGAGAGAAGGUGGACCUCAACGAAGAGGAGACCAUCUUGAUCAUCCGUCGUUUGCACAAAGUUCUCCGUCCCUUCUUGCUGCGCAGGCUGAAGAAGGAAGUGGAGGCACAGCUCCCAGAAAAGGUGGAGUACGUGAUCAAGUGUGACAUGUCGUCCCUCCAGAGGGUCUUGUACAGACACAUGCAGGCCAAGGGUGUGCUGCUGACCGACGGCUCGGAGAAAGACAAGAAGGGCAAAGGCGGCACCAAGACGCUGAUGAACACCAUCAUGCAGCUGAGGAAGAUCUGCAACCACCCAUACAUGUUCCAGCAGAUUGAGGAAUCCUUCUCUGAACAUUUAGGUUUCUCUGGUGGGAUAGUCCAAGGCGCUGACCUGUAUCGAGCGUCAGGAAAAUUUGAGGUGUUGGAUCGAAUCCUCCCCAAACUGCGAGCGACCAACCAUAAAGUGCUGCUCUUCUGUCAGAUGACCACACUGAUGACCAUCAUGGAGGACUACUUUGCAUACCGCAGCUUCAAGUAUCUGCGUCUGGAUGGUACCACCAAGGCUGAAGACCGAGGAAUGUUACUGAAGACCUUCAACGAGCCGGGGUCCGAGUAUUUCAUCUUCUUGCUGAGCACUCGGGCAGGAGGCCUCGGCCUCAAUCUCCAGUCUGCAGACACUGUGGUCAUCUUUGACUCGGACUGGAACCCGCACCAGGACCUGCAGGCCCAGGACAGAGCUCACCGCAUAGGCCAACAGAACGAGGUGCGGGUGUUGCGCCUGUGCACCAUCAACAGUGUGGAGGAGAAGAUACUGGCCGCCGCCAAGUACAAACUCAACGUGGACCAAAAAGUCAUCCAGGCCGGUAUGUUCGACCAAAAGUCUUCCAGCCACGAGCGCAGGGCCUUCCUGCAGGCCAUCCUGGAGCACGAGGAGCAGGACGAGGUCUGGGGUCAGGAAGUGUGUCUACGUAUAAACGAGGAGGAUGAGGUCCCGGACGACGAGACGGUCAACCAGAUGAUCGCCAGGAGCGAGGAAGAGUUUGAUCAGUUUAUGCGUAUGGACUUGGACAGGCGGCGCGAGGAGGCCCGCAACCCGCGCCGCAAACCUCGCCUGAUGGAGGAGGACGAGCUGCCCACCUGGAUCAUGAAGGACGACGCCGAGGUGGAGCGCCUCACCUGCGAGGAGGAGGAGGAGAAGAUGUUCGGACGGGGCUCUCGCCAGCGGAAGGAGGUGGACUACAGCGACUCCCUGACGGAGAAGCAGUGGCUGAAGGCGAUCGAGGAGGGCACGCUGGACGAGGUGGAGGAAGACGUGCGCCACAAGAAGACCACGCGCAAGAGGAAGCGGGACCGAGACCCGGACCUCCCGGUGCCCUCGUGCUCCUCGGGCGGCCGAGGACGAGGAGACAAGGACGAGGACGCCAAGAGGCAACGGAAAAGGGGGCGGCCGCCUGUGGAGAAGAUCUCCCCCAACCCUCCCGUCCUGACCAAGAAGAUGAAGAAGAUCAUCGACGCUGUCAUCAGAUACAAAGACGGCACCAGUGGUCGUCAGCUCAGUGAGGUGUUCAUCCAGCUGCCGUCAAGAAAGGAACUGCCCGAGUACUACGAACUCAUCCGCAAGCCUGUGGACUUCAGGAAGAUCAAGGAGAAGAUUCGGGGCCACCGCUAUCGCAGUCUUGGCGACCUGGAGAGAGACGUCAUGCUGCUCUUCCAGAACGCUCAGACCUUCAACCUGGAAGGCUCUCUGAUAUACGAGGACUCCAUCGUGCUGCAGUCGGUCUUCACCAGUUUGAGGCAGAAGAUCGAGAAGGAGGAGGAGAGCGAGGGCGAGGAGAGCGAGGAAGAGGAUGACGAGCAGGACGACGGAUCGGAGUCUGAAAGUAGGAAAAGUCUGCCUCUGGGACUGACCUUGGAGGACUCCCUUUUACUCCUUGUUCUGCGUGUGUGUGUGUGUGUGUGUGUGUGUUCAGCUCGUUCUGUCAAGGUGAAGAUCCGACUGGGCAGGAAGGAGCGAGGAGGAGAACGAGGAAAAGGACGUAGCAGACGAUCGGGACGCACCAGAGCCAAGCCUGUGGUUAGUGAUGACGACUCUGAAGAUGAACAGGAGGAGGAUCAUUCCGUCAGUGCCACUGAUGAAGAGUCGUGAGGUGCAAGAGAAGACGUGAUGAAGUAGUCCUCCUACUCACACAUUUGCAGAAAUGAUGUUUUGGGUCAGCAGACUCCCAGCCGAACCUCCGCCAGCCCUCAGUCACUUAAGAACAAGAAACAAAUACACACUUUUAGUCGCACACCGGACAUAAGGUCUUCUUCGUUUCCCUGCAUUGGCCCGGAGGACACAAUUAAACUAAUGACAGCCAUCGCAGUGAAAGAUGUUAAAUCACAACACAUAAAUCUAAUCUAAUAAAUAAUCAUGAAUUAGGUCAUAAACUGACUCCAUCGAAACAAUUCUGCUUAUUUGCCACUUAAUUGUACAAGAUCAUUUUGAUCAAAUAUUACGGUUCUUUACACUUCAAUGCAAGGCUUCUUUUUCCCAGUUAUAAAUAGUCAUGCGGUAGAAAAAAAAAGACACAUUUUAGUAUAACUGUGGAGUGAAAUUACUGACAAAACCCCACAAAAAGAAAUGUUUUUACUCACGCCCAACAAUUAUCGAGUAAAAAAAACUAUUUACAAGUAUAAAAACACAUUUUGGCAAGUAAAAAACACAAUUCGCAAGUUCAAAACCUAUUUUGUACAAGUAAAAAAAACUAAUCGCAAGUAUAAAAACAAAUUUCUGCAAGUAAAAAAAAUAAAAAUUUGCAAGUUUAAAACCAAUUUUGUACAAGUAAAAUGAUUCGCAAGUAUAACAUUUUUUUGCAAGUUUAGAAUCAAUUUAUUACAAGUAUAAAAAACCAUUUCUGCAAGUAUUAAAAACUAUUUUCUGCAAGUAACAUGGUUCACAAGUAAAAAAAAAACAACAAAACAAACUAUUUACUAGUAUAAAAACACAUUUCGGCAAGUAAAAAAAUUAUUCGCAAGCAUAAAAACAAUUUUCUGCAAGUAAAAAAAAAAAAAAAAAAGUUUAAAAACUAUUUUGCACAAGUAAAAAAAACUAAUCGCAAGUAUAAAAACACAUUUCUGAAAGUGAAAAAAUAUAUAUUCGCAAGUUUAAAACCAAUGUUCUACAAGUAAAAUGAUUCUCAAGUAUAAAAAUUAUUCGCAAGUUUAAAAUCAAUUUUGUACAAGUAUAAAAACAAUUUUCUGCAAGUAAAAAAACAACUUGCGAGUUUAAAACCUAUUUUGUACAAGUAAAAAAACUGCGCAAGUAUAAAAAAUGUUUUUUCCACGUAAUAAACACAAUUUGCAAGUUCAAAACUUUUCCAUAUAGCCCUGCUAACAUGCUAGCGGGCUAACUAUUAGCAUGCUAACGUUUAGCAUAAUGACUUCGACAAACGUCAAAUUAAACCACAGUCAGAGUACAAAAAGGAAUAGUUUUUAGGUUACCUCAUUGGCCGCAUUCACUGUAGGGGUAAAUAAAGCUUGUUGGGUGGUUACUUUACAAGCUUUAAUAGGGAUUUUGUUUUCCUGUCAAACAGUGUAGCGGUGUGCAUCAACCAUUAACGUCCCACACCACAACAGAUACAGAGCGAACAUUGGUUCCGCCAUUGGAUAAAACCCAUAGACAUCUACUGCAUACUGGCGCGGACGAGACGCGGGGCCGCCAUCUUGGAGUGGUGAUCCGCUCCACUCAGUGCAAUUUAUUUGGCAGGAGCAAUGAACUGUCAGCGCAUUUAAUUCAUCUUACCUCACUAAAUACCACCAUACCUAUACAU